AUGGCUCGACUCUCCCACAGUGUCAGGUCAUCGUCGACCAGUACAGUAAUAAAUAUUGAUAUCAAUGCAUACCUCCAGAAACUCGGGUUUCAAUUGUUCCCCUUUGGUGAGGUCCACGUGUUUGAUAUUAACGGCUAUAUUGAGAUCAAUGGCUUUCCCGACUAUAUUAGACUCCAGUCCUUACAAGAGGUCGAGAAAACAGGUACUCAAACGUCGGACAUACAGUUCCAGACACCCAAACCGGAGGACCCUUACGUUAUAAUGUAUACUUCGGGUACGACGGGUACUCCCAAGGCUGCCAUCGCGACGCACCGGCAGAUGGUUGACGGGUCGGCUAAUGCCCUCUUAGUUGUGGUCAAAGACGUGAUCUCCGACAGCCGUAACCACACGUAUAUUGCUUUCCUGCCAUUGGCUCAUGUCUUGGAGCUAACCAUCGAGUUCUUCCUAUUCUAUGGUGGUGUGCGGAUAGGGUACGCCUCGCCAUUCACUCUGACAGACUCAGCGCCCGGUUUAGUAAAGGGACAGAAAUGUGAUAUUAAACUACUUCGCCCGACAGUCAUGACUACCGUUCCGCUAGUGUUGGACAGAAUCUUGAAAGAAGUUUACGACAAACUCAACGCCCGAACCCCCGUUUCCGGAGACUUUUUCUCUUACAUAAUGGCCUACAAAUCUAAAUGGACUCAAAAGGGCUACGAGUGCGCCAUUGUUAACAAAUUGGUUUGUAGUAAAGUUCAGCAACAAUUAGGCGGUCGACUCAAGAUUAUGAUAGUGGGCGGCGCCCCCCUCAACGGCACCACUCAGGCCACCAUUAAAGCGGCGCUCGAUGUCACACUGGUGCAGGGUAUGGACUUCGACGACCUAUCAUAUGGUCGAGUGGGGUCACCCCUUCAGGGGGUAAAAGUGAAAUUAAUAGACUGGGAUGAGGGUGGAUAUCAUCGGUCAGAUCAGCCCAACCCUAGAGGAGAGAUACUAAUAGGAGGCGAUUCAGUGGUUGUGGGUUACUAUAAGGCACCGGAACAGACUCGGGAGGCAUUCCGAGUGGACGAGAAGGGCGUCAAUUGGUUCUACACGGGAGACAUCGGAGAGGUCUAUCCGGACGGCACCUUCAAAAUCAUUGACCGCCGCAAGGAUUUACUCAAAUUGCAAAACGGAGAAUACAUUUCACUCGGAAAAAUCGAGGCGUUAAUGAAGUCGUGCCAAUACGUGGACAACAUAUGUGUGUGUGGGGGCACCUAUAGCAACGAUCUGACAGCCCUGGUCAGUCCAAACCAGAAAAAUCUACUCAAACUGUCCCAAGACUUGGGCCUAAAAGACGCACAAAUGACAGAUAUAGUGAGCAAUAUUGAGGUCAACAAAAGGACGGGACAGUCAGCGGGAAUCAACAAAAAGGAGAUACCGGUGCGCAUUAAACUGGUGGCCGACGAGUGGACGCCCGACAACGACAUGUUGACCGCAGCCAUGAAAAUGAAGAGAAGAAAUGUGGAGAAGAGAUAUAAGAAAGAAAUCGAUAGCCUCUUCACAAACGAUGAUAUCCUUAGAUAUAAUAAUAAUAACAAUAAUAAUAUAAAUGCCAAAAUGCCGAUCGACUUAUACUAUAUGCCAGAAUCGCCGCCAUCGAGGGCUGUGCUAAUGGUCGCCAAACACCUCAAUAUAGCCGUUAAUAUCAAACACGUGGACCUCACCAAAGGGGAACAAUUGAAACCCGAGUUUCUGGAGUUAAACCCCGGCCAUACCAUACCUGUGCUGGUCGACGAUGACCUGACACUGUGGGAGAGUCGAGCCAUUAUGGCAUACCUGUGCAAUCAGUACGCGCCCGACACUCAGCUAUACCCGAGUGAUUCGCAACAGAGGGCUGUCAUCGAUAAGUGGCUUCAGUUUGAUUUGGGAUCACUCUAUAAAUCUAUUUGUGAUUAUACUAACCCUAUGUUUGAGGGCAGCAUAAAACUGGACAAACAGAAGGAACAGGCCAUGUGUUCGGCACUGGAGUUGUUGGACAACCAGUUAUCACAAAACAAAUACGUGGCCGGGAAUAAGCUCACAUUAGCCGACCUGUCGGUCAUCAAUGGCAUCGACUAUCUCACUGAUGUCAUGGACUACGACAUCACCAAUCAUAGGGACUACAAGUUCGUGGCGGGCUGGCAGGCGAGGCUCAAGCGCCGGGAGUUACCCUACUAUAGGGAGAUAUGCGAAGAGGGCAACGAUAACCUCAGAAAUUAUGUCCGAUCGCUAAUCCACGACUCAAACACUAAUCCGGCUGCCAAAUAAUCGCCUAAUAUUUGAUAAAUCAUUUUAAAAAUGCAUUUAAAAAAGUAGACUAAUAUUGAAAUUAUUUUCAAUUAUUUGUCCUUUGAUUUUAGG